AGGAGGAAGGCAGCGCACUGCCUAAGAAGAAAGUAGUGUCUCAGUUGGUGUAGUUGUUGACGACUUCGUGUGCAGUGAUAUUGUUCGUCACAGUAGAAUAUGACAAUGACUCUCCGCAACUUUUUAUCAAUCUUUGUGAUUUUCGUGCUGUGUUUCAGUGAGAAGACAGUUAGAAGUCAGAAGAAAGCCGAUGGUGCAGACGACAAAAAAGAGGCCUUUCAAUGUCCACAUAGUACAGGAAAUGGAAACUAUGCAGAUCCAGCUACGUGCAAAAGAUUUUACCAAUGCGUCGAUGGAUAUCCAUAUAUUAACAGAUGUCCUUCAGGUCUAUACUUUGAUGACAUUGCUAAAUUCUGUACCUUUAAGAAUGAAGCAAGGUGUGGACCGCUAGCAUCAACACCUGCACCAGUUACAGAAGAACCUACAGAUUUAGCAACAAAAUGUGAUCCAGAAAAGUGUGUCUUACCAUAUUGCUUCUGUUCUAAGGACGGUACAUUGAUUCCUGGUGGUUUAGAUCCAGAAGAUACGCCACAGAUGAUCCUCUUGACAUUUGAUGGAGCAGUUAACCUAAACAAUUAUGAUCAUUACAGAAAAGUUCUCAAUCAUAAACGACAAAAUCCAAAUGGUUGUGAUAUAAGAGGUACUUUCUUUAUAUCUCACGAAUAUAGUAACUAUCACAUGAUACAAGAAUUAGCCAGUGAAGGACAUGAGGUAGCCACGGAGACAAUAUCGCUUCAAAGUGGGUUGGAAAACAAAGGAUUUGAGGAAUGGGUUGGUGAAAUGGUAGGCAUGAGAGAUAUACUCAAACAUCUUGCAAAUAUUUCAAAAAGUGAAGUUGUGGGAAUGAGGGCACCUUUCCUAAAACCAGGAAGAAACACACAAUAUAAAGUUUUAGAAGAAUUUGGAUACAUUUAUGACAGUUCUAUAGGAGUACCCGCACUUCCUAUACCAGUAUGGCCAUAUACAUUGGAUUAUAAAAUACCCCACGAGUGCAAAUCUGGUACAUGUCCUACUAAAACAUUCCCAGGUGUUUGGGAGGUUCCUCUAAACACUCACUACGUAGAAGGCUUUGAAGGAGGACAUUGCCCAUAUCUAGACCAAUGCGUACUUCACAACCAUGAUGCUGACGAUGUAUUUGAGUGGUUGCAAGAAGAUUUCUUAAGAUACUACGACCAAAAUAGAGCUCCCUAUAUGAUGCCUUUCCAUACCAACUGGUUUUCAAUAAAAGAGCUGGAGCAGGGCUUGCACAAGUUUUUAAAUUGGGCACAAACCUUACCUGAUGUGUGGUUUGUAACAACUACCCAAGCACUGACAUGGAUGACGGAUCCAAAGCCAAUCAACCAACUAAAGAGUUACGAACCUUGGGAUUGUAAAAAAAGAGAAAAUUUACCGCCCAAGCCAUGCAAACUUCCCAACAAGUGCGCGCUGGCCUUCAAGCGACCAGAGCUGAACAUCACGGAUACUCGCUACCUUGAAACUUGCAAUGACUGUCCAAAUCAGUAUCCUUGGUUAGACGACUCGAGUGGUUCUGGUAUACCAGGGAAAGAUAAUUAUGUUCCUGAUAAUGUUAGAAAAUGAGUUUUAUGUACUGAGUGUUUUAAAUCAUUACCGUCAAAGAAAUAGUCCUACUAAUAUCUAAUAAAAUAUAAAUGGAAAAACGAAUGAACUUUGUACAAAAUGUCCACAAAAAGUAAUAUAAUUUGUAAUAUUGCGAUUUUUGAUAGAUUCAGGAACAAAGUUUUCAAUUAAACUUUGUAUUAAUUCAAAUUAUUUGUUUAAGUGAUCAGAAAUAUACCGGAUGCAUACCUAA